ACCGGAAGUGCGUCUCCUCAUAAUCUGCUGCCCGAAAGGAUGGCUAACGACGGGACCAAAACGGAAGCUUCACUACCUGUGGCCAUGAAAGCCCGUCCUAAAAAAGCCCCAGAGCUCCCGAUACUAGAGAGGAGGAACUGGCUCAUCCAUCUACACUACAUCCGUAAAGACUACGAGACCUGCAAGGCAAUUAUAAAGGAGCAGCUGCAGGAGACUCAGGGCAUGUGUGAAUAUGCCAUCUAUGUCCAAGCUCUGAUCUUACGUUUAGAGGGGAAGAUCCAACAGUCUCUAGAGCUGUUUCAGAGCUGUGCCAUCCUCAAUCCCACCAGCUCAGACAACCUCAAACAAGUGGCUCGUUCCCUUUUUCUCCUAGGGAAACAUAAGGCUGCCAUUGAGGUUUACAAUGAGGCAGCUCGUCUCAAUCAGAAAGACUGGGAGAUCAACCAUAAUCUCGGAGUUUGCUACAUCUACACCAAGGACUUCAAGAGCGCUGAGGAGCAUCUAAACAUGGCGCUGCAGCUUAACAAGCACGACAUGACUUACAUGAUGCUGGGAAAGAGCUACCUGUUACAGGGAGACACCGAGAAGGCCAUUGAGAUCUACAAGAGUGCAGUGGAGUUUUCCCCAGAGAACACAGAGUUGCUGACCACACUGGGACUCUUGUAUAUGCAGCUCGGAAAAUAUCAGCGGGCCUUUGAACAUCUUGGGAAUGCACUGACAUAUGACCCAAACAAUUACAAGGCUAUCCUGGCAGCGGGAAGCAUGAUGCAGACACAUGGCGAUUUCGAUGUGGCCAUGAAUAAGUAUCGCGUGGCAGCUUUCACAGUGCCUGAAAGCCCCCCACUCUGGAACAACAUCGGCAUGUGCUUUUUUGGCAAGAAGAAAUAUGUAGCUGCUAUAAGCUGUCUGAAGAGAGCAAACUACCUGUCUCCAUUUGACUGGAAGGUCUUAUAUAAUCUGGGUCUGGUGCAUCUCACCAUGCAGCAGUACGCUUCAGCCUUCCAUUUCCUCAGUGCUGCCAUUAACCUGCAUCCACGCAUGGGAGAGCUCUACAUGCUGCUCGCAGUUGCCCUGACCAAUUUAGAGGAUGUGGAAAAUGCGCGCAGGUCGUAUGAGCAAGCCGUUCAGCUUGACGAGUCCAACCCUCUGGUGAAUCUGAAUUUUGCAGUGCUGCUGUAUAAUCAGGGAGACAAAAAGGCAGCACUACAGCAGUACCAGGAGAUGGAGAAAAAAGUGAACAUGUUGAUAGAGCGCAACAGCAACACUGAGUUUGACCCUGAGCUUAUAGAGAUGGCUCAUAAAAUGGGGGCAGCCCUUCAGACUGGGGAUAAUUUAUUCUGGUCGAAACCAGGCAAAGAGUCCAAGAGCAGCCAGCGCUCAAAUUCCAGCAAGCCGUCCUCCUCCCAGCAGCCCCUGGGCUCCAAUCAGGCCUUGGGUCAGGCCAUGUCAUCUGCUGCAGGUUACAGCAAAAGCAUGCAGCUGGCUGCAGAGCCAGAUGUGAAGAAGAGUGCACCAGCACCCCUGUCGGAGCCUCAAGGAGAGGAAGAACAUGAUGGCGAUGAAGCAGCAGCACUUCCCAAAGACAAGGAAAGAAGACGAGCAAACUCCGAGCAGUGACAGAGUAACCGCUCCCAAGCAUAGGCAAAUGCUGCUUGGUAAACAGUGUGUGGAAGCUUUAUAGAGUAUUUGUGGCCCAUGAAUGUAUAGCAUAUUUAUAUUUAGACAUCUUGUUUCUACAGAGUGUUUUUACAUUAUGAUCUCUCUCUACAACUAUUGCUCAGAUGCUUACCUGGUUCUUAAGAGUCUGCCAUGUUUACUUGGUCAUAGGAAUACGAACACGUCUCUCUCACACAGCGUGAACACCAUCCAAGUUACUGCACGCGCUCAGGAAUGAUUCGACUUGUGUGUACAGAAAUGGCUUAUAGUCUUUGCUGUGUUGUUUUAAGCACAUUAACACUAACAGGGUUUUAAUAUAUAGACUUUAAUGAAAAAAAGACAUUUAUACCCAUAAUUUUUGGAAAUUAGAAUAAAUGCAUCCUUCUGGAUUCUUAAAGGGGAACUGAAGGCAAUUUUAUCAAAAUUCUAUUUCUCAUUUUAUUAAAUAUAGGAACGCAUUUUUGAGAGCUAUUUUGUCGCUGCUAUAGCAAGUUAUGAGUGUUUGAAAUAUGCUCUGUAAUACAUCAGUCCACUAGGGCUGUAACGAUAUGCGUAUCGAAAUCGCGAUACGCAGAGCCACGAUCCGUAUCGCGAUACAAGAAGGCAGAAUCGCAGUACACCCUUUCAAACUUCUCCUCAGCCCAAAAACAGAGGCGCUUCCAAACUUCAAUUUAUGAAUACUUUACUUUUUAUUUAAAUUACAUUUUAAACUUACUUAAAUUACUUUUUUUUUUUUAUAUCUAUUAGUAAGUCGUUUUUUUCGCCGACCUGCGACAAUCUUCUGCGAGUCACGCAACGUCCACACUCGCCACUGGCAGAGCAUUCAUUUCUUUUAAGCGGUCGCCAUUCUGGUUGCGACGCGGGGAGCGAAUCUGUAAACAAGCAGCUCAUUGGCUGGCUAGGUGUGCCACAAGCCAAUCACAAUCACCUGACCGGAAAGGCAUGCAGUGUUGCCAGAUUGGGCGGGUUUAGGUCCUUUUUGGCUGGUUUUGAACAUAUUUUGGGGUGGAAAACGUUAGCAAUAUCUGGCAACACUGCAGGCAUGUCUGCUUGGGCGGAAGCCUUCUGCGGCAGUUACAUUUUGACACGCGAGCAACAUUUCACCAUAAAAAUUCCGUAAUUUCCAUCUGUUUUCCGCGAUCACAGAAAAUCAUUGGCCCUAUGAGAGUGAGACAGUGAGAGAGCCCCCCCCAAAAAAAUCUUAACGGAUUUACACGAUUUGGAAAAAUGACUUUUUCAGAACUGAAAAAAACAGCUUCCGGCUCAACAGUAUUAUUUUGAGAAAUAAAGCAAUCUUUGGAUAUACAUUUGUUCAUUUUUGCAUACAUAUUACUCAUUCUCUGCAGUGGUCUGAAUUAUUUGUUAUUAAAUAGUUAAUGUAAGUAAAUGUUAAGUCAAAUUUACUACUUUAAAAAAACAUUUUUAAAAAAAUCAUGGGCGUAUCGAAUCGUGGGUCAAAAAUUGCGAUACGAAUCGAAUCGUGAGUUGGGUGUAUCGUUACAGCCCUACAGUCCACAUGUCAAAGCGAUGGCUGUAAACGAGAUUCGCUGAGACCUGUGCGAGACUUCGUAGGACAGAAGUAAAACAUGCAGCAGAAAUCGAAGUGACCGACAUCUGCCGACGUUCCCCAUGUCCGAAAUCGCUCACUUGUUCACUACUCCCUGUAUAGGGAAUUAUGUCAUUACUGCCGCACAAUUAAAACGUGCCAGAUCAGGCGGGUGGUGGGUUUUCAAAAUAAAUACAUACAUGUAUUUUUGUAAUAAAUCCAUAUUAUACUGAGUGUAUUUCCCCACAAUCAAUACAAAGUACCUGCAUCUUUCAGGUUUUUUUUUUUUUUUAAAUCAAGGCUGAAUACUUUCUUCUUUGCUGCUGCCUUUUAUUAAAUCAAAUUUGAGACUUUUAAUUUGAUUUCUUUCAGUGCGACUGCAAUGCAUGAUGGGAUAUAUUGCUUUGGUUAGUGACCAUUGGUUGUACACUACUUUUCAUGAGGCAUUGUGGGAUACCUUGAGUGCACUAUAUAGGGUGUAAAUAUAAUCCUCACUCAGGUUUUGGACAGCACUACAAAAUGGUGUCCACACUAUAUGGUGAGCGAUUUCAGACACAGGCGUUGUCAAAAGACGCGCGUGCCCUCUUUCGAACACUGAUGUGAUCAAGCUGGAAGUUUUGUUUGUUUUGAUAGCAAUCAGGAAAGUUUGAAAAAAGCAGGCAGUAAUCGUCAUUUAAACUCAUUUUUGUGCAAUAUUUCGUUUUGAAAACAGUUUUCAAAAUGGCGGCACUGGCACCUGGCUGACACUUGACGUUUCGAAGUCUCGCACAAGUCUGGUGAAGAUCGCGCGGAUAAGCGACGCCUGCCGUGGACCAAACGAACUACAUUCAACACGGCUAAAAACCGAAUAGGCUGAUAAGUAUAAUAUUUAAUUGCAAUUAGUUCCAAUACGAGUCAGGAUAUAAGGUUACUAAAACCGAAAACUUAAUUGAACAACACGUUAAUUAAGAAAUAAAGCAAGUUUAAAAAUGAAUUCAGUUCCCCUUGAAAUGCAUCACAUUAAUGUAAUGUAGAGCAUCGUGCUUUUCCACCCACUGUAUCUGACCCAAGUGAAAACUUUAAACAGGUUAAACUGUAUUGUUUAUCACUUUAGAAAUUCCUUUACAUAAAGAACAUCAAGACAGUAGUAGAUUUUGGAUCAACAGAAAAAGUUUAUUGAUAUAAAAAAAAAAAUAAUUAAACACCUUAGUUCACCAUAACCUAAAUAUUCCUGUUAUUAUGUCCUUUUAAUGUUUAAGACUUUGCAUAAUUUGUACAGACCGACUAUUCUUAACUAAAUGUUCUAUAUGCCACCCUAACAUGGAGUCAUUUAAAAGAAACAAAGCAUCAGAACACAGUAUAAAAGACAAAAGGAAAGCAUAAAGUGAGUUAAUGACAUUAUUCCAGUAGAACCAGAGCCACUGAAGACACGGUUUUCUUUAAAGGAGAAGAAAGCCUUGUACAAAGAAAAGUAUGAUGCCAAACAAUUGAAUUUAUAAUUCAACGAUAUGUGCAGUUUGACAAUCACUAGUCCGUUUUAGAAACAAAUCAUCACCUCUUACAAUUCUGUCUGUUCGCUUACAGUAGCAGCUUUAUGACCUCUAUUGUUUUAUGGAACAUAGCAGUGUCACUGCGAGGAGUCCAGCACAGACGUCCUGUUCGAACAAGGUCAAAAUGAACCAUCCCUCCCCGUUUCAGGCCAUGUACACACGUAGCCGGGUAUUUUUAAAACCGAACAUUCCUCCCCCCCGUUUAUAAAAAUGUUUUAUCCACACCACCUCGUCUUCGAAAAAAAUCCCUUCCACACAUAACCGAACAUCUGCGUUUUCAAUCACAUUCAUAAGCAUUCCAAACCUGUAGAUGGCAUUAUUUCCCCAAAUCCUACCCCCUAAUCACAUCAGAAUAGCCCUUUGUUGGCGUCACUUCCGCCUAAACAUAAAACAUAGCGCCAAGCUCGUUCGUCUGGACAGACUCGGAGACAGAAUUGCUUCUAAACACAAUUUUGGAGUAUAAACUUCAAAAGACGCAAGAAAACGUUGAUUGGGAAUCUCGUCAGUAGUUGGGCUUCUAAAAUUAAACAUGUAAAUAGCACCUGCACAAUAAUUAACGCUUUCAAGGCACUCCUCCGAUCCAUUACUCUUUGUCCAUGCUUAAUCUGGCUUCUGCAGUAAACAAAGGUCACACGUUUGACGUCAGGGCAGAUUUGUCGUCUUUUUUUUGGCGCAGAUUGUGACGUUCUAAAACGCAAAACUCCGGUUAUCUCGGUCUACACGAAAAGGCAUACCGUAUUUAUCCUAAUAAACGCACCCGGGCGCGAUGCAAAACAUGAAGGGGGAGCAUCGAUUUCGACCCUUAAAUGACAAAAAUCGAACAUGACAAAAUCAUCGGAAUUUAAAACAUUUAUUUUGAAACACAUGAAAAUACAGUUAUAUGUCCAAAAAGUCAAUUAAACAAUGUCCAGCUUGCUUAUAAGGAUAACAUUGGUAAGUAAACGAUUUGUAGUGACGUCACAAUUCACGUCAUCGUCGAUGUUUAUGAGCUCACAAAACAAAAUGUCGUCCUCAAAACAAUCCUUCACCGCUAGUUUUAAGUUAAAGGUUGUAGAACUGGCAGAGCAGAAAGGCAAACACUUAGCUGCAAAAACAUUUAAUGUUCACCGUAAACGUGUACAAGAGUGGUGCAAACAAAAGGUACGUCUCCACCCGUACUGAUAUCCGCAGCAGAGUGAAUGUCCGUAUUUUAUACUGUCCAUGUUUACUAACGCGAUUUCCGGUAAAAAAAAAAAAAAAUCAGCGGUGAAAUUGAACGUCUCUGUUGUGGUUUGUUGGAUUUAAAGUUUGUUAAAUGAAGAAAAUGGUUGGUAAAUACUAUUCUAGCUCUGAAAAUCGUGGAGGCGCGUCAUAUAGGGAGGGCGCUUCUAUAAGGAUAAAUACGGUACACAGAGUUUUCAAAAAUCUUCACUUUGCCCGGAGUUUUUUUAAAUAUUCGUUUUUGAUGUGUUUUCAUGUGGAUGACAGGCCAAAACGUAGAAAAAUAUCUUCGAUUUAGCAGAUACCCGGCUACGUGUGGACGGGGUCUCAGUCUAUUCACUUCUAACAACUGGUCCACGUACAUCAUUUUACUGUACCAGAAAAAAAAAAAAAAAAAAACAGGCUUUCCUUCUUAUUAGAGAAGACGUGUCAAAUCACAGAACCCUUCAAGUUUCUCAUCAUGCAUAAAUGCAGUCAGUUGCUGACCGCAGGAUUUAUUUUUUUUAACGAUCACAACCAAGACAUCAUUUCAUCACACCAUAUAUACACAGACAUUAUGCUCGAGAAAAAUAAGAAAAAAAAAAGUACAGGACAUGACUAAACAAGUAGGAAAUGUUCCCUUACAUCCUUUUAAGCCAUUCAGCAUAAAAAGAGGCAGGAUGUGUUCACUUACGGAAAUAAAAUGAUCUAAAACAU